UAAUUGAAUUUCAUUAAAAUGUGUAAGGGUAUCUAUAUGUUUAGUUCAGGGUAGUGUCUAUGUUGUCCGUUGCCCUUGUUAAGACAUCGCACUUUACCCUUUUGGAUGGGUAUUCUUUUAUCCCUUGAAAAUGAGGGCACAGCAACGGUUUCUACUUGGAUACUUUUCUGUGGCACUGUUAAUUUUCUAUUCUAUCUAUUAUUGCAUCGUUCGUGGCUUUAGUCCUCGUGUUUCACAGUAUGACCUUCUGUCUUUGAAGCACCAAGUACCUAAACGCUUUGCAUCCAGUUGCGAUGUAUACUUUGAAAUUGGUACCAUAUCCACUGAGGGUAUCGCCAGGAAGGUAUCUGAGCUUUUAAUCUCCGAAGAUGUGCUAUCACAAGUGCUCCCGUUGGGAGACUACAGAUACAUUAACGAGGUUAGCAAUAAAGCAUCAUUUGUGGAGCCCCUAGAUGACCUCAUUGACCUUUCAAGUCCAUUUAGCGUCUUGCUUCGUUAUGAUUCUAGUUCGUCCAUGACCCAUGACUUUGAGGUUAAUAUCCAUGGAGGUAAAUUGCUGACAUUUUCCUUUAGUGCCAGUGCCAUGUCAUCAUCGGAGGUACCAUUGAAGGUCCACGACCUUGUUAAGCGUAUAUUUUUUAGUUACGAUGGGAUGCCGUCAACUCACAUGACACCGCUGCUCGAUAUAUCGUUUAUCCUAAUGAGCGACGUGCGCAAGUUGGAUUCUACCGAGGCGCUCGACAUAAUCCAGGAUAUGUUCCAUCCUAUUGCCAGUGCGAUGUCUCUAUUUUACGACCUUAGCUUCCAGAGUCGUGUUAUUUCUGGUGCUAACUUCAUUAGCACGAUGACUCUGAACAGGGACAAUAACGUUGACCUACAGGAGCAAGGAUACAAGUUUUUUGAUUUCAUGGAGCGGGUUACUAACGUUGAAGUUGGUACGGUAGACACUGGUAUCUACAGGCAUUCCAUGGCCUUCAUAUGCCAUGUUCCCGAGCAGCCUUUAUUAUUUUACGACAGGGCUUUGGACCGUACACUUGAUAGCGUGAUGCUUCGGGGCAUUGGUGUAUUAUCGCUGCUGCACGUGGAUGGCACGGGUACGUAUUCCCUGGGUCGGGAUGAUAUCUCGGGUUUAAUUUCAUCAUGGGUUACCUACAUCCGUAAGACGCACAAUUUGGACACAACUCCUGUUGAGAAGGUUGCCAGGAGUUUGGGUCCUCAUGACUUUGUGAAGUUGAUAGACGAUAUGCGUUACGAAGUCAAAUCGCCGGGGUGUACAUUUCAAAUUAGGAUGCAUCCGCCUGGUCUGACGGCAUUCUACGGCUUCGAGGUGCACAGCAUCGCUAAAUCGUUGUACCAUUUAUACCUACAGGGUGCCAUUGACACUCUUCACAAGGUCGUUAAGCCCUUGGCUAACAUCAGUAUCAUGACCAGGGUAUCGCCAAGUGCUUUAGCCGACAUCAGGGCGUGUCACGGGAUUGUAAAUCGCUUAUACGGGAUGGCCAGCGACAGUAACACGCAGCUACUAACAAUGGCCAGGACGGCCUACAAGCAUUCCCUGGAGGCUAUAAGUGAUGAUGAGACAUAUGCUAAGAACGCGGUAUCUACUGAGCACGGCGUAGCGUCACUCAUGUGUGACGCCUUCCCAUUUCUAUUUCCCCUGCUGGCCAACACCAUCAAGUACCUAACUGGGAAGUAGCACAUAUAU